AGAACGCGGUGACGCCGUCCGCCGGCCUCAACUGAAUUCCUCGGCAGUUGAAAAAGGAAAAGUCAGCCGCCGAGGGAGCAUGGCCCAUACCCUUCCCGUUCCCUGCCCGGUCAAACUCGGGACGGUGAAACUCGAGAGCCCCGAAGCUCGUCUGCACGACUACGUCAAGCAAGGCAACUACGUCAAAGUGAAGAAGCUGUUGAAGAAAGGAAUCGCCACCCAGUCGGUCAACUCCUUAGGACAAACUCCACUCUUCACCGCCGCCUUGCUCGGACUGGGGAAACUGGUGGAUAUCCUGUUGGAUUAUGGGUCGGACCCAAACCACCGUUGUUACGACGGGAGCACCCCUGUCCAUGCCGCGGCCUUUUCAGGAAGCCAGUUCAUUCUUAGCAAACUACUGGACGCAGGCGGGGACCUGCGACUCCACGACAAGGAUGGGAGGACCCCGCAAAGCUGGGCCAUGACGGCAGGGAAGGAAAGUAGCGCACAGAUGCUCGAAUUUAUCCAGCGCUGUACCACUCACAUGCAAGUCGUCCUGCAGAAUCAGUCCUUGGAUUUAUUAAGGAAAGUGGACUCCCCCCGGGCCCUGGUCCACAGCCCCUCCAAGUUUGGGGGGUUUACUCAAGGGGCAGCUGACAGCCCACUUGGGAGGUUCAUGAAACGUGUGAGCAGCAUGUCGCAAAGCAUCUUCAGUUUCGGCUUUGGGAAGUUUUUUCUCAACAGCAAGAGGCAGCUGGGCUACCUAGCUUCCCUUCCCAUCAUCGCCGAUAAAGAAGUGGUUCAGGCCGAUGAUGAGCCCACAUUCUCUUUCUCCACUGGGCCCUACAUGAACAUGACCAACCUGAUGUGGGGUGGCAGCCGUGUGACGGUGAAGGAGCUGAAUAUCCAGCCUCACCAACAUUGCAGCAAACUGCGUCUCUCCGACCUCCUUUUGGCUGAGCAGGAGUAUAGCAGCCAGCUCCACCACCCUCACCUGCUGCUGCUGAUGGCCGUCUGUCUGUCCAGCGACUUGGAGAAGACCCGGCUGGUGUUCGAGAGGGUGAAUUUUGGGUCUCUCUACAGCAUCCUUCACGAGAGGCGCUCCGAGUUCCCGGUGUUGCAAAUGGAAACGAUUGUGCACCUGCUGAUCCAGGUGAGCGACGCCCUCCGGUACCUCCACCUGCGUGGCUUCAUCCACCGGACCCUCAGCUCCUACGCCGUGGUGAUUGUUCUGACUGGGGAAGCGAAGCUGACCAACCUGGAGCAUAUGAUUGAAAGCAAAGACGGAGGGGAGCACAGCGACCUGACACGGGUGCCCAUCCCUCCCCAGCUGUACAAGUGGUGCGCCCCGGAAGUGAUCCUGGAGCGGACGGCGACUUUCAAGUCGGACGUCUACAGUUUUUGUGCCGUCAUGCAGGAGGCGUUUACAGACACCGUUCCCUGGGAGGGAUUUGACGGUCCGUCCAUCAAAGAUUGCAUCACCUCUGGCCAGUGGUUGGAAGCUGAUGCCCGACUCCCCAAGCCUUAUUACGACAUGGUGAAGACGGGCCUGGAAUCCAGACCCAAGCAGCGCACCAUGAACCUGCAAGAUAUACGUUACGUUCUGAAGAACGACUUGAAGGAUUUACUAGAAUCUCGCAAGCACCGUCCCGGGGAACAUCCGGAAUCUCCCAAGCCUGAAAUUCAACCCAACAUCAAUAUCUGUUUGCCUUCCGCCUCGGCUUUCGAGGUGAAGCAGCCAAGAUUGCAAGAAGAAAAGGCUCACGUAGCCAGGAGUUUCACCACGACCAGAUGCGCCAUUUCCUCGCCGGAGAUCAAACCCGUCAUCGUCCAGGUGUCCGAGCCGGUUCUCCGCACGGCGCAGUCAACCACUUUCUUUGAUAGACGUUUGAGCGACGUCGUCCAGGUCUCCGAGCCGGUUGUCCGCACGGCGCAAUCCAGACUUUCCUUCGAGGGACGUUUGAAAGACGCGGACGAGGACAGCAACGCCAACCUGAGCUUGUCCAGCGUGCAAAUCAACGAGAUAUACACUUGUUACCCAGAGAUGGGCGAAGAGACGGAGGGGGACGAAGAGACAUCGAGAACCGAGCAGGACCCUGAUUCCCGACGAGAAUCGCUGAGCUCUCCUGGUGAUACAGCCAACCGCUCUUUCCCUCAGUUUGCCGAGAUCCGGGACCGCGAGGCGAGCCUGUCCUCAGACGCCGAAACCGAAUAUAGUCACGAGGACCUGAACGGCGUCUCGGUGAUGAACGAGGUGCUCGGGGGCGCCCGCGGCAAAAACAGGAAUGUCCAGUCCCAGUUCGAGCACAAAUUUGGCAAAUGCGUUCUAGAUCUCAAGAUCUGCCAAACUUUGCUCCAGCAAGCUACGGAUUCCCUCUCCCGCACCGAAACCAAACUGGGCCCGCUGGAGAAUUUCAACAAACCUGGGCAGCUCUUUUGGGGGACCCAGGCAAAGGAGCAGCUCCCCGUCGGGAUUCCUGCCCGGGGUUGCCAGGAGAAGCUGGAGAGUAUCUUGAGAAAUAUUAAGCCUCCCUUAAACGGUGACCGCGCCUUCCAGUGGAAGACGAUAGGUCCCCCGACGGAGAGCUACGUGCCGCCGCCUUUCCGGGUUCCGGGGACGUACAGAUCCCUGGUGAUCCAGUCUUAUCAAGCAUCCGAAAACAAACCCAAGAGUGCCAACCAAAGCCAGGAUACCACCUACUGGAGCGAUUUUGGACCGGAAACAGCCAGAAGUCCCAUCAGUCCAAAAGGAACAGAGCCAAACAAUCAGCUCUUGCCCCCAGGUGUGACCUUCAGGAGGAAGAAGAGUACCCAACUACGUCGAGGCAGCUCCAUGUUGGACGGGAUCAAAGCAGCGGAUGGGUCCUUCAAAAAAACAGCUCCUGAAGUCUAUGAAGCGAAUUUGAGAAGCGAGGAGAGGAGAAUGGCCCAUUCGGAAUGGACAACCGAAGUGAAGCAGAUGGCCAAACAGGCAGCCUCGGGGCAGCUUCAUUUACCGACGCAGCACCCCGCCACCAGAUGGAUGUUGCAAAGCCAGGCGCAGGAUGCCCUGACCGUUUUCCCGAGCCCCACCAUCUGCGAGCGAGUCCGGUUCAACCAGGAGAACGUCGCGGCGGGAAAGGGGCAGGGCAUUAGGGCCAAUGGCGACCACAAGGUGCUUCGCGGAGACGAAAACCAGAAAAAUCCAGACGGGGUGUUAGGAAGAGUCCCGGGCCUUGAGAAAGAAGGAAGAGACAGCCCGAUUCCAGCCUGCGAGAACAGCGCAGCGCCACGCAAACCCGUGUGCCUUUCUCUCCCUUCGGAGGAUUCGUGCCGGGAGCAGCUGGAAGAGGUGACCCGUUCUCCAUCUUUGUCCCUUAACGUAUCCGAGGAGUUUUUCACUCCAGACUCCAAUUAUUUUUUGGGCAGUUCUGCUCCUCCCGAGCCUUCAGAAUUGGAAUAUUCAACGGCUGAGGAAGAGGCGGGAAACGAUAUUCUAGGAAGAACGGAGGAAAUUCCUGGGCAGAAGGAAAAAUGGAGAAAACCUCAAGGAAUGUGGGGUCAGAAAGAACGUCCCAUCCAUUCAGGGCAGAGACGAGAGUAUUCCUGUGGGACAGGUACGAAAUAUAUCCAUGACAACUUGCCGAGGAACGACCUGUUUACUUCUGCCAAAGGCCCUGGGGCAGCGCAAUACGGAAGUCUCAGUGAGCCUCUGAGAGAAUUCGGAGCAGAAGACACAUCCCUUGGAGAUAUUCAACAAAUAUCUAGCAUCAUCUGCAACGACCCAUCGAAGACGUCAGCGCUGAAAACUCCCAGAAAUUCGAAUUCCCCCAUUAAGACCAGCACCCCUCUCAGCCCCGCGAAUCCACCCCCAACAUUCUCCUCCACCGUCACAAAAUACAAGGAUUAUUGCGUGAUGACCAUCGAUACGUCCUCUUGGGUUACGCACGACGUCUCCUUGUUGGGAGUCAGUACGUUUCCUGCACCCUGCGCCACAAGGGUGAGGAUAGAAGAGGUACCUGCCACCCCAUUUCCAUCACCUGGGCUUGUACAACAUGACGGUAACUUUUGGCUGCCUGUCUCGAGGAAUCUGGCAGAAUCGGGAAGGGAGAUUCCUUCUGCUCAGCAAAACUCACCCCAAAGAGGUAGUUGCAAGGACUGGCUGGCCCCGCCCACCCUGCCCCUCCCUUCCCAGGAAUCCCCAUGUGGCCCGUUUUGGAUGCCAGGAGAUCCUGAUCCACUGGAUUCAAAAGAAGCAGGGAAGCCGGAAGAAAAGGAAGCGCCCAACGCGAUCAAACCGGACGACAGCCUCUGGUUGAGGGAAAGCGUCUGUCUGGGAGAAGAUACAGAAAGAGCUAACUCCAGCCUUGACAAAGUGUUGGAGUUUCUUUGUCCAACUGCCGACAGCCAUGACAUCAAUAAGGGCCUGUCAGAUGCCAUCCAGAGGGGGGAGCUGAGCUGUGCCCACCACGGGAACAUCGAGAUGAAAGGGGGAGCCGAAGAAAGUUUCAGCGAGUCCGAAGGUUCCAUCGAAAACAUCGAAGGACUUUCUUGAGAUCCGUAAGAUAAAACUGGACACUCGGCUGGCUAAUUGCGUGACUCCUGUUUCCUUUAUUAUUUUCUUUUUUUUCCCUGUGUGAUGUUGGAAACUCUUUUGAAAAGGGGCAAGGGGGCAGGAUUUCUUGCAAAGGUGCUCGGGGGCUUGAAGAGGUUGCAAUAAAUCCGUGUUUUUCAGA